AUGGCCCCAGCGUCUACUCUGUUCCUACUUCCUGCCUCGCUCCUAGCUUUCGUCUCACAAGCGCUCGCAGAUAAUCGACCUUUUCCAAUCGCUAUCAAGAAGCAGUCUCCGGGCUCGGGCGAAAAAAUAUUGAGAGAACAUCUUGCAUUUGCGCCACUCCCACAGGUCCGGCCAGUAGUUGCAUCUUCCUUCUUCGACGUGCUGUCAGAUGAACCACAUCAAGACGUUGACGGCACUUCUCGUUUCUACCCGCCUUUUGUAAAACACCUCCACGAAGCCGAAGAUGAUGUGUUGCGGCGUGCAGCAGAAGCUCUGGCUUUGCUGGAAAGGAGGUCAUCGUGCCCUUCCGGGAUGAACAAUUGUGCUCAGCAGGGAUCGCCCAACAAAUGCUGCCAGCAAGGAACCUAUUGCACUGAUGUGCCCGACACCGACGUAGGCCAUGUCGCUUGUUGCCCCAAUGGCUCAACAUGUGGCGGAGAAGUUGGAACGUGUCCGUCCGGCGCGACAAGCUGUGCAGCAGCUUUGGGAGGCGGUUGCUGCAUUCCAGGAUAUGUUUGCCAAGGUGUGGGCUGUGUUCCAAGCGCAUCGGCGACCCCUACUACAGUUACUCAAACUGCUCCGCCAGAAGUUACGACAAGAACUACCACGCAAAUAGUCACACCUUCCAGCACAAGCACUAGCGUUAGUACUGACACGAAGACCGAUUCUGCUGCAGGAAAUCCUCCUUGGCGACUAACAGGUUCUUCUGAAAUCACGUCAGCUCCCGGGAGCACGUCAAUCACACAGUCCGGCUGCCCAACAGGCUUCUAUGGCUGUCUCGCCACCCAUGGUGGAGGGUGCUGUCAAACUGACCGCGACUGUCAUACGUACUCAUGCCCGGCUCCGUCUUCCACGACUUUGGUCUCCAACGGCGCUACUGUUGUAGUUCCUGCCGCGCCAAAUCCUACGAGAAGCUCAUCAUGUGCUGAUGGAUGGUUGAUGUGUGGACAAAAUGCCGGCCCCGUAGCCGGUUGCUGCCCGUCUGGAUACUCUUGUGGUACAGCAAGCUGUUUCACGGCUGGAGCCAAGGAGACUGGCAAAAUACAGAAGCAGGCGCCAGAUCAGUCGCCUGCCACAAAGACUCCCAUUAGGACCGUUGCAACGUGGAUGUUGGUCGUUACGGCAUCUUUGUUCCUGAAUUUUGGGUGGUAG